AUGGUAGCAACACAAGGGAAAGAUGCCACUUCAUAUGCUACAGUGGAAAUGUGGGUGGCGGAAUUUAAGCACGGCCGACAGAGUCUUGAGGAUGACCCCUGUGCUAGAAGGAGUAAUGGCGAGAACAGAAGCCAAGGUUGUAGUCUUACCUCUAGCAACAUUACACAGACACCACAGACUUUAAAAGAAGCUGGAAACGCGAGUUUUAGGUGUAAAUUCCAUGCCUCUAGCGGAUGUAAUGAUAAAGACAUCGAAUGGAAACUAAAGGGAGUGACGAGAGGAAAUUCCUCUCGAUUUACGAUAUCUCAUUCGAAAUCCAAUGGUAAAAUUGUUUCGGAUCUAACCAUGCAAGGCCUACAAGAAAUAGAUAGAGGGAAUCUCUCUUGUGGGAUCGACAGUGUUUUGGUCUGGAGGGAAAUAAACAUCGAAGAAUUACCAGUAAUCAAUAUAUAUCCAAAAUCAAUCUCAGUGGCUAAGGGACAAAACACUUCUAUAACUUGUAACAUAACAAAUCACCAUUCCACAAACAUCAUUGAGGGAACAUUCGUGUGGUGUGUAGGUGACAGAAACGUGACCGAAAACAUCGACAACAGUUCUGCAAGCCACUCGGUGUUGAAUAUUAAUACAUCCGGAUUAACGGACGAAGUUUUUUACACGUACAGCUGUGAUGUCGGUAUGACGGUAUCGUGUCCGGCAGUGUACUUCAGCCAGAUUUACGUCUAUAAAGCUGGGGCUGAAACGUGUAAGAGCAUCGAGAUGGGGACAAUUGCAUGGACUGAAACCUCAGCAAACCACACUGUUGUUAUGGAUUGUCCAGAUCCUUACCAAGGUGAUAUAAAACGUCACUGUAAAUCUGACGGUAAUUGGGAAGAUCCUGACUGGAGUGAAUGCAUCAGACAACAAUUUGAUGACACAUGGAAUGAACUCGACGACGACAUGUCAGAUCCUGUACAAAUCGAAGAAACAGUUAACAAAGCGGUCACCACAAUCAACAACGUCACUUCCGAAAAUUCAGCUGAGCCGUUGUCGUCUGGCGAGCUGAACCUGACGAGUGCCAUUUUGAGUAGAAUUACUGAACUAGUCAGCAGUAGUGACGCAAUCGAUGUCAAUAACGAAACUACAAAGAAUUUUUUCGGGAUACUGGAUCAAAUGUUGUCUACUAAUAAUAGCGAAACCUGGCGUCAAAUGGAAACAGCUGAAGAUCAAACACAAACUAAAGUUUCGGAGCUUUUGAAGACCGUCGAGAACUUUGGUGCUGUUGUAGCAAGAAAAGUGAACAAUACUCACCCGAUUAGACUCGACACAAUGGACAAUAUUGUCAUUGAAAUAGGCAGGGUGAACAACGAUGGCAUACACUUUACUGCCGACGAUUCUUCAGACGACCACGAAACAGGAACACUGAACAUUACCUUAUCGUUAGAUAACACUAUAUUUCCGGGAAACCAAUCGUUUAUCGCUGCUGUUUAUAGAACUAUAGCGGACACCCUACCAAACACCAGAACAGACAGAAAUGUCUCGGAGGUUUUGUCACUGUCUCUGCCUGGUGUCAAUACUGUUAACCUAAGUCAUCCUGUCACAUUAACAUUUAACAAACACGAGAAUCAGACGCCUGAGUGUGUGUUUUGGAACUUUGAAAACAGCAGUUGGUCGGAACGAGGCUGUAACUGGACAGGUGAUAGCUGUACUUGUUACCAUCUGACGAACUUUGCUGUGCUGACGAGUCCUGUAGGCUCAACAUCAUCGGAUCCGGAUACGUAUGUUCUCAGAAUAGUCAGUUUUAUCGGGUGUAUUCUGUCAUCAAUAUCUACACUCAUCACGAUGGCUGUGUAUUUUAAAUUAUGGAGGUAUGUCAAAAACGACAGAAAUCGGCUGCUGAUGAACUUGUGUGCGUCCCUGACUGUCUCUUACUUAUUAUUUCUUGGUGGUAUAAACAGCACAGAUAACGAUGCACUGUGUACAACGAUAACCGCUCUUCUGCAUUACUUUUUCCUUGUGACGUUUUGUCUUAUGCUGGCUGAGGGUAUCGAGAUCCUCAUAUCUGUAACACGUGUCUCCAGUCUAAAGUCAAAACUCAAGUGGUAUCUUCUGCUAGGAUGGGGUGUGCCAAUGGCCGUGGUGGCGGUGACAGUGGGAGUGACACAUGCGGAGGAAUACCAUUCGGACUUAUACUGCUGGCUUACCUUUACAAACGGUGUCGUGUAUUCCUUCAUUGGCCCUGCAGUUUGUAUUGUUCUGGUGAAUAUUGUCGUUCUUGGUAUUACACUGAAGACUUUAUACUCGUCCCAGUUGAUACAAACGAAAACAGAAAAGAAGAAAAUUAUGGCUGGCAUACGAAGUGUAUCUAUACUACUUCCGGUUCUUGGAAUCACAUGGUUGUUUGGGAUUGUAUCGAUGUCUGACGACCUCAUCGUGUUCCAGUACCUAUUUGCAUUGGCAAACUCUCUACAGGGGUUCUUCAUAUUCCUUUUCUAUUGUGUUUUCAAUGCCUCGAUUCGACAAGCUCUGGCGAAUAAAUUGAAACAUGUUGAAACAUCACGGAUGCCAUCGUUCGAGACAGGAAUAGACAAGGAGGUUGUGAUGAAAUCAUGGAACAACAUCCAAGAUAAUGACGGCGAUGGUUUUCCAAUAACUACUAGCAGCGAGUUUAAACUUCCUCGUCCAAAUUUAAAAUUUGAGGAAAUACAGCCUUUUUCUUCACCGAAACGCUUCCCGUCAUUUUCAACAAUGCGCAACAACGAGUCAUCAAUGUGAAAAAAAAUAUUAUAAGUCGUAUAUGUGACUAAUUUUUCAUAAACCGCAUAUAACAAUGUUUUACCCUUAAAACUAGAAAAUGUUAAACAAAUAACCUGAAAUUCAAAUAAGAGAGAUUAAUCUCUCAUGUGUAUAUAAUGAAGUGCCAUAUUCUACAUGAGAUCUGUUAGUGUCGCUAUCAUCAUAUCUGGAAUGUGCAGUAACAACAAUACAUUUUCAUUUUAACCAGAAUUAAUGUUAGUAUUUUAUCACAUAAUAACUCAUCUUGAAAGAGAAAAUCAAUGAGCUUAUUUAUCACUUGUGCCAAACGAUAAUACAAUUUUUCACCUAGCAUAUAACUUUAAAGUAUAUGUAGUGCAAUGAAAUCUUAAUCGAUAAACAAUAACAACAUUUCCCAAUAAAUAGCCGAAUCCCUGACCUACAAAACAGUAAUGGUCACCUGAUCUACAAAACAGUAAUGGUCACCUGAUCUACAAAACAGUAAUGGUCACCUGGAAAAGCUUGACAUCGGAAUCUGCAUCAAGAAUAUAAGCUGUAUGCCAAACAAAUUCCGUUUUCAAUUUUUUUGUCAAAUAAAAAAACAAAAAACAAAACGUUUUUACCUGCAAAUGCGUCAAAGACUAUUCUAAUUUAGAUAAUCUGAACACUUAUUAAUUUUUGUCACAGGCAUUUAAUAAUUCAAAACUUUUUCACUGAAACACAGGGUUAUUUUUGUAUAAUUUGUUGUUGUACACAGGAAAAAAAAUUAAGUGGCAUUUCAAAAUGUUACUCAUUCAAAUUAAAUGGGAUAGUUAAGAUUUAUUUAGACCAAUAACCAUAAUAUGUUAGGGGUUUAGAUAUGACGAUUCCUAUUACAAGUAGGAGGAUAAACAAACACAUUAUGUAUCGUAAGUCCCUGGUUAUAGCGAUGGUGAUAAAACACUUGUACAUUAACGUCAUAUAAUUGAAGAACAAAGUAACUGUAUGAUGCAAUUUUAUACAUUAAUUCAUGUCUUCUACUUCUUUAUCAUUCAUGGAAAUUAUGAAUUUGAAUACCGAACAUAAAACUACAUCAAAAUCUGAAGCAGUCAACCAACUACACUGAGAGACGUAUCUGAUGUCCAGAGUAGUGUUUGGUGACGACACAAACAUCUAAGAUGAAUGGUCCGUAUUUGGAAUAAUGUUGUCUUUGUCUGUAUUCGUGUUUUCCCUGUUCCAAUUUAAAAAUUACAAAUUCUAGAAAUUCAUUGCUGAUACUAUUGGUG